AUGACUGAGCAGACCGUUGCUUCGUCACCACCACAAGAAGGACUCCCAUCUAUCCUCGAGGCGGCUCCUGGGUUCGCGCAGAAGAGACACCCUCCCGCUCACCCAGAAGACGUAUUCGCCAUCCUACGAAUCAACGUCAAACCAGCACAAACAACAGAGAACCUACAGUCACCUGUUAACAAACAACUGUUCGAACUCCCGGACGUUCAGUACGUUCCCAUCGAGGCUCCAGACACCGAACCACCACCUGCUUCAUCCGCACCAACCAACGCACCAGUUGAACCCCCGAUGACGAUGUUCACUCAAGCAGACAUCGAUCAGCGCAUCGCGGCUGCUCUCGAUACCGGAAAGGCAGAGGAUCUUAGACGCUUCCUUCAAUGUGUCCUUUCCUACUUCGUCGCCACCAACAACACCAGACUUAGCGAUGAAGCAAAGAUCGCCUUCACUGGGGAGUCCAGGUCUAUCCCGAUUGGGCAGCCUUCGCCACCACCCUUGAGGAAGCAUUUCCUGAGCACGGAACGCGAAUCAAGGCGACAGAAGGAUAGGAAGACGGUGCUCUCCCUUGGAAACUACGUCACCCGCUUUGAGCAGCUAGCGUCGAAAGCCCAGCUCAAGGACGCCAAAGUCAAUGGCGUCAACUGCACCGAGAACGACUACCACACUCUCCACGCCAACUUCGUCAAGGGACUUCCGAAGGAGCUCUAUGUCUCUCUCACAACUAGGGUCGCUAGAGACCGACCCAACACCAUGAAAGCCUGGUACGACGAAGUCCGAAACGCUGACGCUGCCGAACAAGGGGCCCUCACCGUCACAGACACCAGGGACUACGGUGAGCCAAUAGAUAUUGAUGCCGCUGCAGUCGCGGCAACCUUUGCCUCCACAUCGGGAGGAAGGAAGUGGGAACUAGGAGCCGUUCUCAAUGAGGCCGACCGGAAGCUCCACAGGGACGGAAACCUGUGCUUCUACUGCCACAUCAAGGGCCACAGCACCAAGGAUUGCCGCAAGAAAGCGGCCGCACGACAAGGGGGUGGGAGGCCGAACCAGGGAGGAUCUGGGAAGGACGACUUCCGUGCCAGAAUCAAGGCACUCUCCACUGACGAGAAGCGGGAGCUGUACAAAGAACUUACGAUGGAGGAUUUUUGA